AUGGUGCGCGAAAGCCAAGCAGCUAGAAAUCCUUUGCUAAGGACUUUGGUUGAAACGAAUGGAAUUGCAAGCUUUGGAAAUGCACCAAUUGCUGAUCAACGUAUUAAGAUUGAGUGCUCAAGUCCAAUUAACUCAUCAAUCGGAAAUCGAUACCGUGAUCCAUUCAUACUUGAUAAUUUCAUACUUGCUUCUGACGAUAGUUCAGUUGUUGAGUCGACUGAAAUUGCUUCUAAUGAACGAAAAACUGAAACAAGAAAUGAAGGAGCAAAGAUGGAUGCAUCAGCAAUGGACUGGAGAAACGAGAUGAACAAUAUGCUUGCUGCUUUCGAUCGCCAGACAACAAUGUCUUUGGGUAAAAUUAAAACAGCCUUCGAACUCAGUGGCUUAUUGUUUAAUGCUGAAUUCAAGCAGUAUUUUUUGCGCGUUUCAAACGAUCGGAUCAAGAACACGUAUGAUCAAUUCGAAAUCUAUUCCAUGUUGAAAGACCGAGUCAAUGGUGGUCCAGAUGCAAACAUGUCAAUGGCAGUUAAAUUCGGGAGUGCUGGCUUAACUCAUAGUAUGGGCGAUGCCCAAAACGAAAACAAUAGUCCAGUGGAAAUCAAUGGCUCAAGCGAUGAAGAAGAUCAAAUCAAAACGGAACCUUUCGAUGCUGGAUUUGGCAUUCAGUGCGAUAAUAAUGACGAAAUGUUUGAUUGGAACAAUUUUUCAAACACAAAUUUGCGCGGUAUCGAAGAUGGCGACGAUACCGACGAUGAUAAAAAUGACAAAGCAACGAAAGUGGCAGACAAAGAAAUGGACGAUGGCAUUUCAACAUUUGUUGAUCAUUUGGACACAACGAACGAACAAGCAACAUUGAAUAAUGGACGAAGCAUCUUGGGUGGUGCCAGAAGCUUCAAAAAAGGAGGACGAUUGAUUGGUUGUCCAAGAAAAGAUGCUAAAUCACGUUUGAAUCCAGAAUCAUUUCGAAAUAAAACAUCAACUUCAUCAAACCAGAUGGAAACCAACAAGCGAUUCAAAUGCCGUCUUUGCAAAUAUUCCAGCAAUCAAAAGGGGCACUUUAAUCGACACAUGCGUACUCACUCCGGUGAAAAACCAUAUCGAUGCGAUAUUUGUCGCAAAGAAUUCACAUGUAUGCAGAACUUGAAGAAGCACAAAAUUACACACAUCAAUGAAUUUCCAUUCCAUUGCCGAGGCUGUCUUGAUGGAUUUUUCCAGAAAGCCGACAAAGAAGCACAUGAAAAAGUGUGCAAAAUGCGUUGAUAUGAAUGCCAUAUCUGCAAGAAGCUUACCACUUUGAUUAAAACUCACUUGAAAGACCAUGUGCGACAGCAUAGCGGUGAAAAGUCGUUUCGAUGCGAGAUUUGUAUGAUGCGUUUUACACGCAAAGGAAGUCUUAAGAAACAUUUGGACACCAUGCACACCAAAAUCAAUCAUUAAAGAAGCCAAGAAAACAUUCCCAACACCCUGACGUUUUUUCUUCAAAUGUUUAAAUUGAACUUCUGGACUUAUCAAGUCGAGAUGUAGUACUUUGC